UACAGAGGUUUUAGGGUUCUAAAAGACGCACAAUGUCAGCCUCAGUUGCCGGAAGAGCCACUACUCUCCGGGCGUUUUGCAGAGCAGCGACGACGACGACGACGACAACAACACCUCCUAGAAUAUCAAGAACCACGUGCCUUCCUUCGAUUCGCUCCAAUUCCGCGCCUCGUUGUCCCACUUUGAGGCUGUUGCGAAGAGAAUUGAGCUCGCUUCAACCCCUCCACAGCUCCAUCGCUGCUGCUUGCCUUGUUUCUAAGCUCCCAAAUCUUGCUGCCUCCUCCUCCGAAGGUAGAUUUGUGAACUAUCUCAGUCCUAUCUAAGAGUGAGUGCUCGCAGAGAUAGAAGAGUUCUUCUGUUGUUCAUGAGUUCGCUGAUAUGUUCUUUUGGAAAAUGAGAACGCUUGUCUUUCAAGGUUAACUUCUGAACAUGUUUGCUUAAAUUAUAUAGAAAAUCUUUUGGCAUGUCUUCAUAUUCCUUGUACUUUUUACAUGGUGAAUUAAAGUUUACACUCAUGAGUGAGAUGAUGUUUACUUUUUUUCAAGUGAUGUCGUAUGACUUGUCAAAUCAGUUGUAUCAAAGUAAAG